CUCGGCGCGACGCAGCCUCACAAGCCCAAAUGUCCAUCGGCUCCGGACCCUCGCGCUCGCGACGGGGGACGACGGCGGGCGGGCGAGCGAGCGAGAGAAGCCCGCGGGAUAACGGCGAGGGAGGGCUCUUCGGCCCAGUUUCUUCAGAUUCCGGCAUGAGCUGCUUGGAGUGCGCGGGCUUGGUGCCGUUGCGGAGGCCGCGGGCCCUCGUGCGCAGCAGCAGCAGCAGCUGUGGCCAAUUCCGAGCCCCGGGACGGAGGCGAGCGAGCGUUAGCUGCAGAGCCAGCGUCCUCGAUGCGGCGCUGCAAGCCACCGGCGGCAGCGCCCAUGGAGUCCUGCUGCUGGCGGACAUGGAUCCGUCUGCGUUCCAGACCCUCCUUCUGACGGCCGGCGUCCUCACUGCCACCUCCGUCUCCUUGUACUUCGGGCUCAAGGGCGACCCUGUGCUGUGCGCGAAGUGUGCAGGCAAUGGGGGCACCAAAUGCGUGUUCUGUAUGGACGGUCGCAUGAAGAAUGAGAAAGGGCUCGUGGAUUGCCGCGUCUGCAAAGGAGCAGGAUUGAUCAUGUGUAAGAACUGCAAAGGUUCGGGUUACUCCAGGCGACUGUAAGCGUAAGGCGGAAAGGUGACUUGAUUGCAUCGACAGAUGCCCGAAGGAGCAGGCAGUCAGCAGGCGGCUUGUGAUAAUCAUUUAUGCCUUCAUAGACUGUAAGUGUCGUCUGCACCACGCGUGCCUGGCUGAGUCUUGAGAGACGAAGUUGUUCGCCGAGAAGGGAAGAUAGCUCUGCUGUUAAAACGUCACAUCAUCACGUUUGAGAAAAAUCCAGACGGCCUGUCGAAUUGUCUAUCUGUGUUCUGAAGACGGACCUCCCCUCCCCCUUGCUUCCAUAGCUUAAGAUUCACCACGAUGAGUUAGAUGAGAUGCUCGAGAAGGUUCAAAUGAAUGUGCGCAUGUCGGAUUUGCCUUUGGAGCGAUGAAGUUACCAUCUUCCUCGUCUGUCUUCUCAUGGUCGGACAGUUCUAGGCUCGUUGACGAGCUGUGACCUGAAACACCGUCAAUCUGCUCACUCCUCACCAAAAAGUAGAUUUAGGAAAAGGAGGUCAGUAUCUUGAGGAAGGACUCCAAAAUUGAAUUGCUUCCCUCGGUCAACGUCUAACUCGGACCUCUUUUUUUCGUCCUUUGCUGCUUCAUUCAGGGCUUCAAUCUGUUACGGUUACAGUUCAGCUUCAUGCUACUGCUGCUGUUACACCGAUGCAAACUCCUUCCGUGUAAAGAUAAUAUAUCCGGUUCCGUUUGCCAGUAUGGCCCAGAACCCCAGGAAAGCAUGAAGUAUUUGGCACUCUGGCCCUGAUUGUUUUUGUACUUCAAUUUCAAAGAGAGAGAGCUUUUC